AUGUGUGAUCCAAUCAGAUCUGAUGCUUUAUCUGCUGUGGUUGCAAAGGCCUCGACGGGCGCAACGACGUUCACCAUAUCGAACUACUGCGCCUACACCAUCUGGUCGGGGACACUGUCCACGACGGGGUUCGAGCUCGCACCGGGGCAGACGGUGCGGCUGGACGGUGCGGCUGGGUGGUCGGGGAGGAUGUGGGCGCGCACAGGGUGCGUGUUCAACGCGGCCGGCGCAGGGAUCUGCCAGACAGGCGACUGCGGCAGGCGGAUGGAGUGCCGCGGCGCUGGCGCCACGCCGCCGGCUACGCUCUUCGAGGUCACGCUGGGGAAGGCCGGCUGUGAGGACUUCUACGACGUGAGCCUCGUCGACGGGUACAACCUCCCCGUCGUUGCCAUCCCGCGAGCGCUGCGGGGACAGGGCACGUGCAAUGCCACCGGCUGCAUGGCCGACCUCAACCGCUCGUGCCCGAAGGAGCUGCAGGUGGACUGCGGCGCCGGCGCGAUCGCGUGCCGGAGCGCGUGCGAGGCGUUUGGGCAGGACAGCUACUGCUGCAGCGGCGCCUACGGCACGCCGGCAGCGUGCCGCCCGACUGCCUAUUCGUCUAUCUUCAAGACGGCGUGCCCGCGCGCGUACAACUACGCCUACAACGACAACAGCAGCACCUUCACCUGCAACGCCGACGACUACAACAUCGCCUUCUGCCUCCCGACAUCUGGGUCAGAGUCGGACGCCAUCUUCCUCGGAGCGCAGAUUGACGGUGUCAAUGCGGGGCCGUUGUACGCGAACGGUGGCCAGAGCACUGGCGAUGACAGCGCGCCGCCGGCUCACGGCAACGGUGGCGCGGGCGCUUAUCUACCACCGACUGACGACAACUACCGUGGUAGCGCAGGCGCUUACGAACCACCGGUUUACAACUACGGCCGUGGAGGCGCUCAUGUACCGCCGGCGAUGAGGGCCUCGUCGGCGAGCACGAGAAUCAUCCGGCCGUGGCUUCGCUACUCGCUGCUCGUCCGCUUUCCCGACGACCCGACCGGACCGUGCUCGGCUACUCGCCAUGCCGUGCGUUCGAGCCCGGGACGAGAGAUGACUCUGAAUCUGCGAAACGUGCCAGAGAAGAGAUCAGAGAUCGAUCAAGGAGGGGUAUCUGAACUGCAGAUAUUCCCACUCAGGCCGUGCUCCCACCAGUCUGCACGCACGUACAGUUUUGUGACCUAG